UAUUAAGGGCCCAAGAGUAAGGACCCCCAAUAAUCACGUCCUUAGUACCUUACACCCUGGAGAUGAAUGUUCUAGGUGGUAAUUGGAUCUUUCGUACUAAACUUAAUUAUGAUGGAUCCUUUGAUAAGCCCAAAGGGUCAUAUCGUUGCAACCUCGCCUGCUUUUGCAAACCGCUUGCUGCAUGUCUUCAAAAACCCGUACAGCUACGACCCGGAUAGAUUCUCCCCGGGAAGAGAAGAGGACAAAGCCGCAGGGGCAUUUUCGUACAUUUCAUUCGGUGGAGGUAGCCACGGGUGUCUUGGAGAGCCCUUUGCUUACCUUCAAAUCAAAGCCAUAUGGAGUCAUUUGUUGAGGAACUUUGAGCUUGAGUUGGUUUCACCCUUCCCUGAGAUGGACUGGAACGCUAUGGUGGUUGGCAUUAAAGGCAAUGUGAUGGUGCGUUAUAAGCGGCGUCAACUUGUCUUAGAUUAACGUGGUUUUUGCAACCUUUGGUU